GGAGGUUUUUGUCUGCAAUGGCACCGAGCUUUGAUUGUGCAGUUUCAAGUCUUCUAUGUGCAGAAGACAACUUCAGCAUUUUCGAUGACAACGAUGAUAACUUUGGUGGGGGUGGUGAGUUUGGGGCAACAACAUGGAAUUAUAGAAUUUGUCGAAACUCGAAUCAAAACCGAGCCUUUAAUGGUGUUGGUGAAGAUGGAUUGCCGUUACAGAGCGACGAAUGUGUGGCUUUAAUGUUGGAGAAAGAACAACAGCAUUUGCCCAAUGCCGAUUACUUGAAGAGACUACAAAGUGGCGAUUUAGAACUGGCGGCUAGAAAAGAAGCUGUUGACUUUAUUGGGAAGGUUCAUUCCCAUUUCGGUUUUGGACCAUUGUGCGAGUAUUUAUCAAUAAACUACUUGGACAGGUUUCUCUCUGCCUAUGAAUUACCCAAGGGUAAAGCUUGGACGAUGCAAUUACUAGCUGUGGCAUGUGUAUCUCUAGCAGCCAAAAUGGAGGAGACUGAAGUUCCAUUGCUUUUAGAUUUGCAGGUUGGUGAAUGUAAAUAUGUGUUCGAGGCUAGAACUAUACAGAGAAUGGAGCUUUUAGUGUUGAGCACGUUGAAUUGGAAAAUGCAAGCAAUCACCCCAUUCUCCUACAUAGACUAUUUCCUUUACAAGCUGAAUGAUGAUAAAAUCCCAGAAAGAAGUUCAAUAUUGAGAUCAAUCCAACUCAUCUCAAGCACAAUAAAAGGGAUUGAUUUGUUGGAAUCCAAGCCUUCUGAGAUUGCAGCAGCAGUGGCCAUAUCUGUUGGUGUAGUGGACACUGAGAAAGCAAUGCCUUUUCUCACUCAAUAUGUACAGAAGGAAAGAGUGAUGAAGUGUGUGGGAGUGAUGUCAUUGGUAGGUGAAUCUAUUAACAAUGCCGGCGUCCCAUCCAGUCCGAUCGGGGUGCUGGAUGCCGCUUGCUUGAGCUAUGAGACCACGGCAAGUAGUUCCGGUACCAAAAGGAGAAAGCUAAACAGAUCCUUACCACAACAAGAUGAACAAGAUGAAAGAAUGGAUUGUUGAAUUGUAUUGUUUAUCAUUGUAGCUUUGGG